UUCUGGCAACCACCAUCAUAAUUUGACUGGUCCUCCAUGGGUAGUCAACUCAACUCAUAAAAUUCAUUGCAUUACAAAGUGCCGAUACUUAUUCCAUUUGAGCCUGGAACCAUCUCAAAUUUCCUUCAUCCAUGGAUUCCUCCAGAAUUUCACUUCGUCCUUUCAAACUCUCCGAUGCUGAUGACUUCCUGAAAUGGGCAAGUGAUGACAGAGUAACACGCUAUCUGAGAUGGAACACCAUAACCUCUGGAGAAGAAGCCUUGACAUAUAUUGAGAAGGUUUGUAUUUCUCACCCAUGGCGUCAGUCCAUAUGUUUGGAUGACCAUUGCAUAGGAUAUGUUUCUGUCAAGCCCGAACGGGGCGAUGAUUCGUGCAGGGCACAUGUUAGCUAUGCUUUGUCUGCAGACUUCUGGGGGCAAGGGAUUGUCACAUUGGCAUUGAAGAUGACCAUCUCUAGGGUCUUCAAAGAGUUCCUAUUUCUGGUGAGGAUUGAGGCUUUGGUUGAGGUUGAGAAUAAGGGAUCUCAAAGGGUUUUAGAGAAGGUUGGGUUUGUGAAAGAAGGGUUGUUAAGGAAGUAUGGGUAUUGCAAAGGUGAGAUUAGAGAUAUGAUUAUGUAUAGUUUCUUAUCCACAGAUAAGAUUAUGUGACUUGUGGUUCUUGGUGUUUUGGUC